GGGCUGCUGUGAGGACAAGGAAGAGUCAGUGCCCAGAGGAGCUCCCUACAGGAAACAUCAAGGAGGUGCCUGUGGCCCCCAGCCCCACGACAGCCUCCAGCAGCCAGGGAGACCUCGGGAGCGAGAGGAGCAGUGAGGAGGCCGUGCUGUCCCCUUGGGAGCGAGAGGAGCUGUGAGGAGGCCAUGCUGUCCCCUUGGGAGCGAGAGGAGCUGCGAGGAGGCCAUGCUGUCCCCUCAGGAGCAAGAGGAGCUGCGAGGAGGCCCCAUCCCGGAACCACGUCUGUGUUCCCGGGCAAAUGCUGCCAAAACUCAGGUGCCUUUUCUGGAAGACAAGUCCUGUGAGGAGCAGUUGAGGGAACAGGGGGUAUUUAGCCUGGAGGAGGCUCAGGAGAGACCUUACUGCUCUCUACAACCACCUGAACGGAUGCUGUAGCCAGCAACAGGAUGAGUGGGCAUAGCCUCAGGCUCAGCUUGGAGAGGUUUAGGCUGGACAUUGGGAAGAAUUUAUUCACAAAAAACAUUGCAAUAUAGUGCCUAGGGAGGUGUUGAAGACUGGACGUGACACACAGAGCAUGUGAUUAAACACUGGAGGAACACAGGGAGUUGGUGGAGUCACUGUUCCUGGAGGUGCUUAAGACAGGAUGUGGCACUUAGCGCACUCCAGGGUCUAGCUGGCAUGGUGGUCUUGGGUCACAGGUUGGAGUCGAUGAUCUCCAGAGGCCUUUCCCAACCUCAUUGAUUCUGUGAAUCUUCAGUUAUGGUCACAGCACCACCGGCCUGUGGAGUACACAGCUGCACUUCCACUCGGAAGGGAACUGUCUCAUCCGCGCGCUUACUGCAGGGAGGACCAAAGGCGCUUUUAUCACGACAUGGGUGCAUUAAUUUAAAUUUUCUCUUAGCGAUUCUUCCUCGCCAGACGGGAAGCCGCCAUGGCAGCGAGACAAAGGCAGUCGAAAUUACCCACCCCCCCCCACUCGCCUCCGCUCCCGGACAGGGAAGAGCCCAGUGGGCAGAAGCGGAUGGAGGCGGGCGGGGCCGAGGCGCGGGGCGGUGCCGGCGCGGGCAGGCGGCCGCGAUUCUGUCCAGACCUGCAGCAAAACGACUCCACACAAAGAAACACCUUCAGAGCAAAGAUGAAUAUUGGGAAAGCUUACAGUGCUACCAACAUCAGCAAUGGAACAGAUCUAGCUAUUGGCUUUGCCUCUUCCACAGUAGCUGUCCUUCUAUUUGGGACAAACUUUGUGCCUGUCAAGAAAUUUGAUACUGGUGAUGGCAUGUUCUUCCAGUGGAUUCUCUGUGCCUCCAUAUGGAUAGUUUCUUUGGUGGUCAAUUUGAUCCAGAAUUGCCCCCGGUUUUGGCCCCUGGCUAUGGUUGGAGGUUUCGUGUGGGCUACAGGCAAUGUUACAGUUGUCCCUAUUGUUAAAACUAUUGGCUUAGCACUUGGUCUCUUGAUAUGGGCUUCUUUUAAUUUGCUGACAGGCUGGGCAAGUUCAAGGUUUGGUUGGUUUGGAAUUGACCCAGAGGAGGUAUCAAGACCAAUCUUAAAUUAUAUUGGAGCUGGACUUUCACUUAUAAGUGCUGUCAUAUUUCUUUUUAUAAAAACUGAAGUCCAGAGUUCUUCAACUUCAUUAGAAAGCACACCUUUACUGAGAGAAAGUUCUAUAAAUGUUUCUGAAGAGACCACUGAGGACUCAUGGGUGAACAAACUUUCUCCAGCAAAAAGGAGACUCAUAGGCUGUAGCCUGGCUGUAGUGGCUGGAAUACUCUAUGGUUCCAGUUUUGUACCAGUACUUUACAUCAAGGACCAUGGAAGAAGAAAUGAAACUCUAUACGCAGGAGCAAGUCAGUUUGAUUUAGAUUAUGUUUUUGCACACUUCAGUGGAAUAUUUCUUACAAGUACCAUCUACUUUUUGAUUUACUGUGCAGUCAGGAAGAAUAAACCUUAUGUUUAUCCCCAAGCCAUAUUGCCAGGGUUUGUUUCUGGUGUGCUUUGGGCAAUAGCCAAUUGCUGCUGGUUCCUGGCCAAUCACUAUCUCAGUGCUGUUGUCAGCUUUCCAAUAAUUACUGCAGGUCCUGGCCUUGUUGCUGCAAUGUGGGGAGUCCUUGUAUUUAAGGAAAUCAAGGGACUGAAAAACUACAUGCUACUGUUAGUAUCAUUUUGCAUCAUUUUGGCUGGAUCACUUUCCACAGCUUUUUCUAAAGUUUGAAAGGACCUUCUGGACCAGUAGAUGGUGCUAGCGUUUAACACAAAUAGAAAGACCAUGUUGGUAGAUCUCAAUACAUAAUAAUUUUUAAAAUGCAUGUCCAACAUUUACACUAACUUACUUCAGCCAAGUGGAAAAUGAAAACAUUUGGCAUGAAAGAAAAUCUGGAAAUAUUUGUUCCUGUUUUUCUUGGAAUAGUAAGAAAAUCAAAGGACUUUAUUAAUCAAAGCUAAAUGAUUUUAUUGUUACUAAUUUUUUGGUUUUUCAUUCAGGUGCUAAACUUCAUGUCAUCAUAAAUUUUGGAUAAAUUGUUGUGAUAGUGGAUAGUGAUUUUAAUGUUAGUUUAUAAUACUGUAUGUGUUUGCAAGCUGAUUUGUUUUAUUAAAACAUUUUUCUUACGGACUUAAAUAUAAGAUACAUCUUGAAAUAUUCCUUA